AUGAAGUCCUAUUUUUCCAGAACCACCACCAGGUUUUCUAGGACUUGCUGGAAACCUGGUUUCCCAGGAGUCGUCGAAUCACCAGGUCCACCAGGACUCAAAGGAAUCGGCGGAGAGGAUGGUGCACCAAGAGAGAUUGGAUCAGUUGGACCACCAGGAUAUAGAGGAGGACCAAGACUCCAGAAGAUAAUGGACCAAUUCCGGAAGGAGAUCUUAAGGAGGGACCAAAAGGAGACGGAGGACCACCAGGACCAAUUGGAGCACCAGGAAAAAGAGGAAAAAACGGAUUGGCAGUAUCACAAGGGGAACGUUGGGAGGGAGUGUCUGGAGAAUCUGGAGAACCAGGAUAUCCAGGACCAGAAGGAUCCAUGGGAGGACAAGGACCUCCACAAAUGCCGAAAUCGGGACACAAGUACCAGGGGUACCAGAAGGUCCUUGUUCUCCAGAUGGUCCGAUAGGUCCGGGCAUUCCUCCUGGUCCUGGUGCUCCUGGCGGUCCUGGCCAUCCUUUCUCUCCAGGUGUUCCAGCAUAUCCAUCCUCUCCCUGGCAUACCAGCCGAUCGUGGUGGUCCCCAUGGUCCUGGUGGUCCACCGUCUCCUGUUCUUCCUUUGUCUCCAAUUGGUCCAGACUCUCCUGGUGAUCCGAUUGGCCCUGGAAGUCCUGGCUCUCCUGGCUUUCCUGGCAUUCCAUCUGAUCCCGGUCUUCCUCCGAUUCCUGGCUCUCCAGAAUCUCCUGGGAAUCCUGGAUGUCCUGGUACUCCUCGUGGUCCUUGUGGACAUGGAAGGCAUGGUGGUGGUUCGAAAACACGUUCUGGAAUGCAUGAGGCGUUUGGUGUGGUUCCUGGUCGACCUGGUGCUCCGUCUGGUCCUGGGGCUCCUGGAAGAGCUGGAAGUCCUGGGUCUCCGGAUGGUCCACGUUCUCCAGGAAUGCAACAAGCUGGACAUUCUUGGAAUUGAGGUGUGUCAGCAGUUGUUAUUGUUAUUGACAACCACCUCUUCCGAAGCGGGGGGUUUCCGAGAUAAUGAAACUCCGAUUGAUGUUAUCAAGGUCACCUGUCCUCUCCGUUCAUUUCUAUAUGUAAUAGAGGUUGUCGAAGAGACUGUCACCUCGACUCCAGAAGAGAAGAAAAAAGCAAAGAAGUCUGUGAAGGAAGUAAAGAGGAGAAAGACCAAGAAAGACGAGAACCAAAACGACAUUCCUGAUACCCGUCCGAAAUUCCUUUGCAUUCCUUUGGGCCGCCCAAGUUUAUUGAGAAAGGGCCGAAAGGCUUCUUACACUUUUUCCACCGAAGACUUAAGAACUCAAGAACCAGAAGCUGCUAAAAAGAGCAGCAUUUUCACCUAUCUCUUUGAUAGCAACGCACUCAGCAAAAAUGAAAAACAACGCUAUCGAACAUUCUCGCUGACAACGAACUAUUCGCGUCAGAUGAUGUACCGGUGUGUCACAGGUCUUCAAAUCGGAUUUAGUUUGUUCUCAUUCGUUAUCGUUUGUGUAGCCCUUCCUAUUAUGUACAAUCAUGUCCAGAACACAAUUACUUAUGUUGACAGAGAAAUGGCUUAUUGCGAAAGAUCUAACGAUGAAGCAGCUCUAGAACUUCAAUUCGGCAAAAUGAAACUAUCCGGAAAUCGUACGGCUCGUGGUGCUUAUGGAAGCGGAGCUUCCCAUGGAUUCAGACCAACUGCUUAUGGAGACGAAAUCACUGGAUCACCACUGGAAACCGAGUGCCCAGGAUGUUGCAUUCCGGGACCACCAGGACCACGUGGACCAUCAGGAACUCCAGGAAAACCAGGUCUCCCUGGACUUGCUGGAAAGCCAGGAAUGCCAGGAACCACUCCAAACCAGACCUGUCCACUCAACCAAGUUCGUGAACCACCACCAUGCCGUCCAUGUCCAAAGGGGCCACCAGGAAUCAAGGGAUGGCCAGGAUUCCCAGGAGACGUCGGACCACCAGGGCCACCGGGACUCAAGGGAAUCGACGGAGAAGAUGGUGCGCCAGGAGAGACGGGACCAGUUGGACCACCAGGAUACAGAGGAGGACCAGGAGCUCCAGGAGAUAAGGGACCAACUCCGGAAGGAGAUCUUAAGGAGGGACCACCAGGAGACGAAGGACCACCAGGACCAAUUGGAGCACCAGGAAUGCCAGGAUUGCCAGGAAGAAAUGGAUUGACUGGAUCACAAGGAGAACGUGGAUGGCCAGGAGUGUCUGGAGAAUCUGGAGAGCCAGGAUAUCCAGGACCAGAAGGGCCAAUGGGAGGACAAGGACCACCAGGAGAGCCAGGAGUUUGCGUCUGCCAGAACGUUGACAGUAUCCUUCUUAUCAAUCCAGGACCACAACCACGUAUUCGUGCCGACGACUACAACAAUGACGAGGGUUACGGUGGAAGUCGUGGAGGAGGAGAUCAUGCCGGAUACCAGGGUUACGGUAGAAAGUAA